AAUGUCAAGUGAACGUCAUUUUUUAUUAAUGGCAAGCGAUCUAGUGAAACGAAGAAAGAAAAUAUUAAAUUUUUAAUAAAUAUGCUAAUAUUUUUAAUAUAAUAGUAUAAAUUAUGAAAAAUGAUUUUGCUGAUUUAAAUCUAAUUAUUAGUGUAGAAUUAUAAAUAUUGAACAAAUAUAAAAAUGUCUCUGGAACAAACUGCUUGCGAUGAUUUAAAGGCUUUCGAGCGUCGAUUGACAGAGGUUAUAGGUUGUUUACAACCAGCAACUAUGAGGUGGAGAAUUGUCCUGGCAGUGGUGUCAGUAUGUACAGCAAUCGCCGCUUGGCAUUGGCUUACAGAUCCACUUACCCCUGUAGUGUCACUGACACAGUCACUGUGGAAUCAUCCAUUUUUUGCAUUCACAUCAACUUUUUUAGUAUUACUAUUUAUGAUGGGUGUGCACAGAAAAGUAAUAGCUCCAAGUAUCAUUACUGCUAGAACACGAUCAGUCCUGAAUGAUUUCAAUAUGUCAUGUGAUGAGACUGGCAAGUUGAUCCUUAAGCCAAGACCUGCCAAUACUUGAGUUUACUAUUCAUUUUAUACUAGACAUUUUGUAAAUAUUAUAUAAGAUUAAAAAAUGGAUCCAAAUAUGAAUUUUAUUAUUAUCAUUGCUGAUUAAUUGUUGAUAAUGAUAUGCAAAUAAAUAUAGAUGUGACAUAACAAUGUAAGGAACAACCAGUGGUCCAAUGUCUUUGGCUUGUCCCAAGUUACAUGACGGGUAGGAAGAUUUAGACUAUAGCGGUAUCAUAUGAGAAUGGUAUAAAUAUAAUGAAAUUUUAAAUAUCUUUAAGUAUAUAACUAAAGAUAAUUUAUCAAAACAGUAUAAUGAGAUUGUGAUUAUGUUCUCUGUGAUAUUUUUUAAUUGUGACAUUAAAUAAAAUACACUGUUACAAGUCUAUCCAAGUUUAUUUACUUAUAAUUUUUGGUGUGUUUAUUAUAUACAAUAAAUAAAAAUAACUAAAAUAGGUUUAUCAUACAAACCACUUAAAAUGAUUAACAGAACUACAUUUGACUCAUACUAAAGGAUAACAAUUGAGUUAAUUAUAAUUGCAUUUCUUAUUAUUGAUUUUACUAUUGUGCCUAUAAAAAUUUGCUAAAAAUUUUACUAACGUUUUCAACAUAAUAUUUGAAGUAUAGAAACAAAAUCUUAAUUUCUUCUGUAUUAACACACUGGUGCACUUUAACAUCAUAGCUUCUUAUUUCUAACUUCAUAGUUGCAACACCCACAAUGCCAAGAAGUGAUAUUAUUUAACAUCCAAUAGAGAUUUCUAAAUCACAAGCUUUCUUUUUUGCAUCUCUAUAUACUACUCGCGUUUCUCAAUCUAUGUUUAGACUCGACAUGGAGUUAUUUAUCUGGAAUCAUUUAAAUGGAAUAGUUUAAAAACCUAGGUAUUAAAUAUAAAUUAUGACUUUGGGCAGUAUUUAUUGUGAAACUGAUAUAUUUAUUAUCUUGAACAAUUCCCCACAGUACUUAAAUGCAAUUUGGAAAUACUUAGACAAUCUUUGUAAUUAACAAUUACAAUAUAAACAUAUCUCAACAAUAGUUAUUAUAUAAUAAACAUUUUGUGCGGAUUGUGCAAGUAAUACAAGCAUUAUAAUGCCUAUUUUUACUACUAAAUGCAAUUCUUACAUGAAGAGAAGUUUGUGCUCGAGUGUUUAUAACAAUAAAAAAUGGUUGUACUCUAUAUAUAAAUAUAUUAAGUAAUAUAUAAUAAUUUAUAACGAGUCACUAAUAUGUAAUAUAACGGGAAAAUAAUUUUGAUUGGGCAUAUGGGAUAAAAACAUUAAUAAAACAGCGACUUGAUUAAUACUCUGAUAGAUUAUAAAAUUGUACAUAUCAAUUAUGGAUGACCAUUCUUAAAAACAUUAAAAAAGUCUUACAAAGAUGCUUUUUAUUGUGAAGGCUUAAAAGUAGACAUCAUAAAAAAUUAUAAAGCAUUGGAGCGUCGAUAAUCUAUAUUUAAUUAUCAUUAAUAGAGUAUAUAGAGCUAGAAGGCUUUUUAUUUUCUGCAUUACUCUCACCACACAAUGAAAAGCAUACUUUUGUAAUUAAAAAAUUUGUCCAUUUUACUAAACCUAUGUUCCUAUGUCUUGGAUUUACAUUAUAUUUCUACAAAUAACACCAUUUUGAAGUGAUAAUUAUAGUAUUGCAGUACUAGACAGCGUUUAAAUAAGUGACAGAAGGACAAAGUGUCGUCUUUAGUGGCGACUUAUAAUAUAUAUGUUUGUAUAUUUGAAGACAAUUCCAAUACAAAUAACGAUCCAAACGGUACCUGUAAACGGCUGUAAAAAUAUAAUUACUUAAUAUCAAUGUUAAUUUAUUUUGCCCUUAGGCUAAAUUAAUUUAUAGCUAUAUCCUAAAUUAAUAAAUGACUUAAGUAUUACUGCUGUAUUGUCUAUUAUGACAAAAAGCAGUAACUCACAAAAUUGUAAUUUUUAAAUGAAAGAGAUAUGUUUAUAGGUAGGUGUGAAAACGUAAUUUUAUACUUAUUUUCAUGAGAUAUUGCUUUUUGACUUAGAAGAAUACAUUGUAUGCCUAUUUAUCUUACAUAUCAAUUUAUACAUAAUCGUCAAUAGAAACACAUAUAAAUUCCAUUAAAAAUUAGGUAGUUAACAUCAAGGCAGUGGUAUAUCCAUAAAUUCAACAUGGCUAACACGUUACUUUAUAUAACAUUUUACAACUUUACAAUAUAGGUUGACGUUGUUUUGACAGUUCCGUCAUGUUAAAAAUGCCUUGGGCUUCAUAAGGUAAAACCCCUUAUAGAUAAACAUUUGUAAACCCAUAAUAAACCUAUUUCAACUAUUGAAGUGUUUUGUCUUUUUCUUUUGUGCUCAUUUGUUUAUUUAAAAGAAAAUAAAGUGACUUAGGUUUAUGUUUUCAUGAAAAGAUGGUAAUUAUAAACAUACUCGUAUCUUUUAAUAACAAAAUAAGUUAGUAUUACAUAAAGAGGUAAAUAUAGUGAAAGUGGAAUUUAGCAUCUCAAAAUUUAUCAGUCUUUUUGGUCAAAUUCAUAAUAAUUCAUCAAUGUGAAAACGUGACCAAUGGAAAAAAUCGGCUUACAUGUAAGUCUAUCGCUAUUAUUAUUAGCAAUAGAUAUAUUUUUGAUAGUUGUCUUAUUUCAACAACCUUUUUACAUUUAUAACGGUACAGACUAAGAAUUAAAGCUAAAGUACAAAUUUUGUAUGUAAAAAUAGGUUUGACAAUAGAGGAAUAUUGCACACUCGCGUUACGGUAACCAAUAGUUUAUUAUUCCAAGGCAGUUCAUAGUUAAAUACAACAUUCUUAUCAUUAUUGAAUGUAUCUAAUUUAAGCUUUCUCCUAGUACUUUAAGGUAUACAAAAGCUAAAUUAUAAUCUUUUUUUUUCUCACUUGAAAUAAUUCGCUGCCAAUCUUGGCAUAUCUUUUUAUUAUUGAUCACUUUAAAAGAAAAUAACAAGAAUAACGGUAAACAUCUGUGACUUUUUUUUUUUUUUUUUUUU